ACUCUCGCGGUACCGUGAUAUCAUCCGCUGGUCGGUUCUUGUGGCACCAUAUGAAGUUGAAAAAGCCUACUUUGUCAUCGCCCCGCCCAUUCACCCGCUUUACACAUCAUUUCAAAAAUCGCUCCGCCCCCUCACCCUUCACCACACAACCGACAGGCAGCUGCUGCUGAACGCCCUCACCCGAGCAUACACGCCUUGAUCCGUGGAUUUAAGCAAUUUAUGGCUCGUAACGAUAUCGUUAUAUCUCACAUCGGUUCUCUCGUUACCGUUUAAAAAUUCCGCCGAAAAAGAGAAGACGGUUGAGCUCAAAUGCGCACGAUUUCUUUUGUGUGUACGUGAACUAUGAGAAUAAUUUGGGAGCUUUAGUCUCUCGUGGGCAAUUUGACUUCAACGCUGAGCCCCCUUGGGAUCCUAGCUGAUAAUUGGAGAGGUCAAUUAUUGACCUGUCCAUGUAAGUUCACGUUCACACAGUUUGCAAGAUGGAUAUCGCUAGGACCCAAGAGCUCUGAGGCUUCUCAUAAUCAGGUGACCAUCAGUUUCUCAAUGACUAUGAAGGGAACACUGAAUGAUGUCCACCAUUGUGUGGAGGUGCUGAAGGACACCACGGCUCUCAGAGAUGUGAUUGAUAAAAACAUACAUGACCAAACUCUUGCACAGAAGAGCGCCUUUUAUGUUGCCGACCUUGGCGUGAUUGUGCGCCAGCAGGUUCGCUGGAGGGCUAAAAUGGAGCGGGUUCGACCGUUUUACACGGUCCGGUGCAACAGCAGUCCAGUGGUGAUUGAGCUUCUGGCUGAUCUUGGCACUGGCUUUGUUUGCUCCAGCAAGCAUGAGCUGGACCUAGUGAAGGGCUUUGGGGUCCCAUCUCAGGACAUCAUGCUUGGUGGCAUGUGUAAGCAGCUCGCUCACAUCAAAUACGCAGCCAAACACAACAUCCCCCUCUUGGUUUGUGACAAUGAGGCCGAGUUGAGGAAGAUUUCUCGCUGUCACCCCAAAGCAAAGGUGAUACUACAGUUGAUGUCAGAUAGCUGUUGUGAAAGAGAAAAGACAGCGCUGGUGUUUGGCUUGACGCUGAAGGACUGCAGACGUCUACUUGAGAAUGCUAAAGAACUCAAUCUGAACAUUGCAGGAGUCAAAUUCAACGUUCCCAGCUGCUGUCAGGACGCAGAUGCAUUGUGUCGUGCUGUGUCUGAAGCCCGCUGUGUUUUUGAUAUGGGGGAGGAGCUCGGUUUUGAAAUGAAUAUUCUGGACAUUGGAGGAGGCUUUGACGGAAGUGAGGCGCAGUUAGAAAAGGUUAGCGCCACAUUGAGACCCAUGCUGGACAUGUACUUUCCUUCAUCAACCAGCUUGUCAAUCAUUGCUGAACCCGGAUCUUAUUAUGUGUCGUCUGCUUUCACGCUGGCCGUGAAUAUCAUUGAUAAGAAAAGUCUGGGGCGGGAUUUUAGCGAUCAAGCACACAAUACAUUGUCAGCCAAUGAUGAGCCAGAGUUUCUUUACUACAUGAAUGAUGGUGUUUAUGGGUCUUUCGCCAAUAAGCUGUUGUGUGAAGAUUCUGUAUCAAUGCCACUGGUGCACAAGGAGGUGGCUUCAGAAGAGCCCCUGUUCUCCAGCAGUUUAUGGGGACCAUCUAAAGAUGAUCUGGAUCAGGUGCUGGAACGAUGUCUUCUGCCAGAACUCAAUGUGGGCGACUGGCUUCUUUUCUCCAGCGCAGGGGACAACAGUCUGAGGGCCACAUUUACAAACGCAGAUGAGCUGGAACCGCCUGUUUUCUACACCAUCACUGAAUACGACUGGAAGGAGAUUGAUAAAUUUGGAAUCACUCUGGACAGGAGGAUAAAGAACUUUUCUCUGGUACCAUGUUGCCUACAGUCAAACAUGUCUGAGGCGUCUGUCUCUACCCCAGCUUAACGUGAACCCUGUUGAGUUUUGUAACCAUUGUAUUUUCUAAACGGUGUUUUCAAGCACUUAAGGACGUGGCGUCUUCUCAGGAGCUUCAGUUGCUCUACUGAUGGACUACAAGCUAAUAGAAGCGAUUAGCUUUAACAAAAUGGCUAUUUACAGAUACAACCAUUAUUAUUAUAUUUAAGUCUGUUUUAUACUUGUGUAAACAGGUUGCAUAUAAUAUUUCCUGUUAUUAUUUGAAAUCAAUCCAUAUAUUGAAUAGGAAGAAGUUAUUUAUUAAAACUAGACUAUUGUGUCUACUUUAAUAAUAUUAACAGAGAUGCUUCAAGAAAUGUGUUCUGGUAUGUGUGGUUUGUAUUAUAUGAAUGAUCAAGUAUGUAGGUAAGAUGGGAAAUUUGUUAUAGAGUUAUUUUACAAAAUGUAAACUAUAAUGGAAACAUGCUUGACACAAGUAUGCAAAUACUAAUGCUUUGCUAAUAUUACAAGUUGCACAUGAUAAGCAUGUUGCGAUUAAAUUAGCAAACCUCAAUAUUCAAGAAGUUUCCUUCAAAUGUCUGUGCCUUCUUUUCUGAAAUCACAUGCACAGAUGAAUUGUUUACAGUCAGAAACAUUAAAAGGUAAAUUGGGUACAUUUAAAAAAAAAAUUGUGAUCGACCUUUUGCAGUGCACACUGUUGCACACACCUAAGCAUAUGUAGCUGGAAGCGUCUGCGUAUCCAGGUAUGGAGUAUGUUGCACUCCUUUAUAGCUGAUUUGAAGCAAUAAUCUCUUAAUGUCAGCUACAGCACUGGAUAGUAAUGUUAUCAGCAUUGGUAUGCCAAAGUGUUGUGAGUAUUAAGUGAUGUUUGUUUGAGAAUGUGAUGAUGGUUGAAGCAUGUGAUGCUGGAUUAUGUGGAGAGCCAGUCAGGGUGUCUCAGUCAUGCUAAUGGAGACUUGCUGUCUUAUCAAAUGAAAUGAAGUGCAAUCUGAACUUUGAUUUGAAUCUGUUGUGCUCGAAAAAAGUUGGAGGUUAGUUCAUUUUCAGACCCGAAAAACCCAUAAGAUGGCUUCAAGCGCUCUUGAACAGUUUUGACCCCUUAACUGGUGCGGCCCUUUUUGGGUGGGCGGUGAAAAAUUCAAUACACUGUUAUAGCAGUUUACAUUUAUUGUAAUAAAUAAAAAUAAUGCAAUAAAGUAUAUAUUUUACACACAAAAUAUCACACAAAAUGAGGUUUGUGUUAAACUUUUAGUGGUUUUACCAACAAUGACCACUAGGUGUCAACAUACUCUUGUCACAAAUUAGUAAAUUACUGUCGCUGCAUUAUUAAUACUUUGAAACGGUUACAAAUAUGAAAACUAGAUUCUUAAAUAGGUCGAUAGAAAAAAAAUUAAAUGCAAAAUAUUGAAGUAAACUCCGGUGUCCUGUUUUCGGCACAGCACCAGUUAAGGGAUUGAAUGAUUCAUCUAUGAAAUAUAUUUGUAUCAUUUCAGAACACAUUCUGUUUGUCAUUCACAGUGCUGUCAAUAAAAGUUAUUAAUGUGA